AUGCAUGGAGGAGGGGGCCCCCCUCCUGGGCAGUUCCCCUCCCCUACUUUGCCCCCGUGCACGGGGGUGAUUCCCCUCUCUCAUGUUCAGGGGGACAAGCCCCCUUCUUUAAUUAGUUCUCCUCGUGGCUCUUCUCCCUGCCAAGGAGUCGGAUAGCCUGGUGCAUUUCAGCGGGGAGCUGCUUCUGCCUCCCCCUCCCUUUUGCCUCAGCAGCCCCAGAGCUGCUGCUCCGGGGGGGAUUUGAGUCCCCUUUCCUGUUUUUGAUGAGCCCCCAAGGCGCCUUUAUUUCCCCGUGACCCUUUAAAACCUCCUAGCUUGAGUGAUCAUAGAUCCGGGCCUGGGUGCAUUGUUUUUCUUCCAAGAGAGAGUGAUAAAAUCAGGCUUAUCUCCUCCUGGAUGAAGAUGUAACCAUCCACCCAUGGGAUCCUAGUCCUCUAUACUCAUAACACACACAUAAUGAGCCAAUCCUGUCUUCAUUUUAUAGUGAUCACGUGUCAGAAAUAUGGCUACAGACUGGCUUGGAAGCAUUGUGUCCAUUAACUGUGGAGACAGCCUGGGAGUCUAUCAGGGACGAGUGUCGGCUGUGGAUCAGAUCAGCCAGACCAUCUCCCUGACGCGGCCUUUCCAUAAUGGUGUCAAGUGCCUCGUGCCAGAGGUCACCUUCAGGGCAGGUGAUAUUACUGAGCUAAAGAUUCUGCAGAUCCCAAGUCCUGGGGACAGCAAACAGAGUGGGGACCUGCAGCAUACUGAACUGGGCAUCCCUGGCAUUGGGUGCCAAGUGGGUACCAAUCAAAACGGCACUGGCAAAUUGCUAAAGAAGCCUACCUCUUCCAGCAGUGCCCCACAGGCUAUCCCAAGGAGAACGGACAUGAAAAAUCAGGAAGUUGUCAUCUCCCCACAACAGCAGCAGUGCUCUAAGAGCUAUAUGGACCGACAUUUGGAAUCCUUGAAUCAGUCCAAAGGUUUCCGUCGUAGACACAACUCCUGGUCAUCCAGUAGCCGCCACCCAAACCAGGUGACGCCAAAGAAGAGUGGCCUGAAGAACGGGCAGAUGAAGAGUAAAGACGAUGAGUGUUUUGGAGAUGACAUUGAGGAAAUCCCAGACACAGAUUUUGAUUUUGAAGGGAACCUGGCGCUUUUUGAUAAGGCAGCAGUGUUCGAAGAGAUUGACACUUACGAGAGGAGGAGUGGCACUCGCUCCAGGGGUACCCCCAACGAGAGGCCAGCGCGCUACCGGCAUGAUGAGAACAUCCUGGAAUCAGAGCCCGUCGUCUACAGACGGAUCGUCGUACCCCAAAAUACUAACAAGGAAUUCUGCACCGACUCUGGGCUAGUCGUCCCAAGCGUCUCUUAUGAACUGCACAAAAAGGUGCUUUCAGUAGCUGAGAAACAUGGGCUGACUCUGGAGCGCAGACUGGAGAUGACUGGGGUGUGCGCCAGCCAGAUGGCAUUGAGUCUGCUCGGAGGACCCAACAGGUUGAAUCCUAAAAAUGUUCACCAGCGACCCACAGUGGCUCUGCUGUGUGGCCCCCAUGUGAAGGGGGCCCAGGGAAUCAGUUGUGGACGGCAUCUUUCCAACCAUGACGUUCAUGUCAUUCUCUUCCUACCCAACUUUGUCAAGAUGCUGGAAUCCAUCACUAAUGAGCUGAACCUCUUCAGCAAAACCCAAGGCCAGCAGGUGUCCAGUGUCAAAGAUCUCCCAGAUACCCCUGUUGACCUGGUGAUAAACUGCCUGGAUUGUCAUGAAAAUGCUUUCCUGAGAGAUCAGCCUUGGUACAAAGCAGCUGUGGACUGGGCCAACCAGAACCGAGCCCCUGUCCUCAGCAUAGACCCUCCUAUGAGUGAAAUGGAGCAGGGCAUUGAUGCCAAGUGGUCACUGGCCCUGGGCCUGCCCCUGCCGCUGGGUGAGAGGGCAGGGCGAGUAUAUCUGUGCGACAUCGGCAUUCCACAGAAAGUCUUUCAGGAAGUGGGAAUAAACUACCACUCACCCUUUGGCUGCAAAUUUGUCAUCCCGCUGCAUUCAACAUAGAGCAGACCCUGCAGUGUAUCAGCCCUGGAGUGGGAGAUGGGGCAGAGUCCUGCCUAGCAAGCUGUAUAAAGGAUCCUGACAAGUAAACUCUUGACGCCUUAAAGUUCUGGAGUUUGUUUCUUCCAGAAGAAAUAUGUGUAUUAAAAACAUAAAAAUUAAGGGAGCAAAUGUUACUGCAAGAUGCUUUCUCUCUCUUGUGCCAUUGGAUGAAGGAAUGUGGAAGAAGCUGGUAUCUAACAUUGGGAAAGGCAGUGUCUGGUCACCAGCCAGAGGAUGGUUAAAGUGGGUGAGAGGGUUUCUUUUUCAGAUGCAACUGACUGUCAGACAACUUGGAGGUUUACAAGAUGAUGCUCUGGUUUUUUUAGUACUUCUGGGGGGGAAAUUUGGCCCAGUGGGGGGCCCCUUUCAGGAGCAGAACCCCUCAAUGAUAAUGUAGAAAUGUCUGUUACAGUUUUACUGUUUUGAUUUUGUUCAUUUUCUUUCUUUUAUGUUCAUGAGAGCAAUUAUAGUUAAGUCUCUUCCUGGAGCUGCCAAACCCCUGUGGAUGGGGCUCCCUGUUUAGAAAGCGGGUGUAAAGCUUUUGUUCCUUGACCGCUUGCUGAGUGAAUGCAGCCCGGGUCUGGAAACUGUAGGGGAGUGAGGUGUUUACCAGGGUGUCCUUCCACCAGACAGUGCUUUGGGAAAGGCAUUUUCUAAGGUGGGUUUUUAUUUCUCCAGCGAGCUGAGUAACCUCAGUGAUUUGGAGAUGUGAGGGGAACAGGCGCAUGUUACCCUCUUUUCUUUAAUACCUUGUGUUCAGCACAGGUAGUGCUUGGAUAUAUUAUUGUAGAGCCUCAGUGGCCCCCCCGCAGCACACCCUGCACUUGAAUACGUCUUGUGAAGCAUGGCAAUGUUCCAUUCCCUUUGGGAGCAACAGCCACGUCAGGGGGAGGAUCCUCCCUCCUAAAAAGCAUAUGUGCUUUGUUCUAAUGCACUGUUCCACAUGGAUCUCAAUGGAGUCAGUGGAAAUAAUAGGGCACUUGCCUCUCCUGGUUAUGCAAACUGUAAAGAUGAGUCAAAUGCUGUUUGUCUUAAUAUGCAGACAGCCUGGGAGACAGGAGCACGUGCACAGUGUGUUAGGGGGGUGUUAUGGAAGGCUUAUGUUAACUCUUUAGUGGAGGAAUCUUCCUCCAGGCCUGCUUGUCAGCUCACUGUAGCACUACUAGCUGUAUGGCCUCCUGGGCACAGAUGAUGUUGGUAGUGCUACAGCAAAUGCUAUUGUGCUUGGCAAGCUGAUUUGUUAGGCUGCCUUCAGAAGCAUCUGCAGUAUUGCUCCUGCAUGCACUAGUGCACUGAAAUCUGGUCCCUUAUGCCUCAGGCAUCACCACUGGUAGUGACCACUGUUGUAUCAUGUGGCUUUCAGAAAGCUUUGAUCUUUCCAGCUACAUCACCCUUGAGGGGAAGGUCUGACCUGAAUUACUGUAGGUAGUCUCACCCUUUUUACUUUGCUAGCUGGUUUGGGGCUGCAGAUUUUUUCCCCUAUGUGCUGCAAGGAAAGUAUUUGUAUUCAUUGCACUGCCUAGAGUAAGUGAGUUCCUGAACCUUUGGCUGGCUCUGUAAAUCUAUCAUGCUGGACCCUUUUAUUGUCUCUAAAAGUGCCAAACUAUCACUGGCUAGUGAUGAGAAAUAUUAAACUUGGACCAAAACAGUGCUCUGCCUGAGAGUUUCUGAGCUUUCCAAAUUUCCUUUCUAGCAAAACAGACCUAUGUUCCUCUGCUGCGGUUUGAACUUUGCUGGGAGCAUAAGUUCUGCCUUCAGCAUGGGACUCUACUGGCCUGGUAGGUCUGUGCUGGCACUGACUGACUUCAAAGCUUCUGUUGGUGCCUUUCCCCGGGGAGCUAGAUCUCCUCUUGCUAAAGUGUAGAGCAGCUGUUGUGUGGGGGUAUUCAGCACCUGAACUCAUGAAGAAACUGCAUGCAGAGCACCCUGUUCAACUAGCUGGGUUAUGGGGGGAUACGAGUCAGGCACUUGUAUGUUUUAAAAAAAAAAAAAGUCCUGUCACUACACAUCAUAGAAGAGCUGUUAGAAACAAAGCUGAGUGCACCAAGCGAAGUAAAAAAGAGGGUGGCUGGGAAGAGACUUCCAGUAUCAAAAAGAAGAAAGAUUGUCUACCGGAGCACUGCUCCAAGUCACUGAAGAAUGGGAAAAUACACCACACCCUAAUCUGUAGAGCACUAUUGAAUGUACCCCAGGGGAGAUGGCAAGCAGGUAUUUCAUACCACAUGGUGUGGGAAUGUUGGGCAGGGGCAUUGGAGAAUUGCCCUGCUCUUAUUCCAUGGUACAUUAGUAUCCAGGCAGCACAGUCAGGACUCUGCUGCAUCUGGGCUUGUUAAAGGACUUCCCCUGCCAAACAGCACAGAACUCAUCUACCUCAUGAGGAUAAAGGGCCUGGGGUUCAGCACAUUUCUCAUGCAGAGGGUUAGACUACUAAACUCUGUCCACUGGUUUACACUUAAUGGCCUUAGUGCUAACAGAUUAUCAAUGACUGAACUCUUCACUAACAUCAUUGGGUGUAUCUGGCUGUAGCUCUGUGUGUGUUUCUCUGCAAGGCUUAGAGCACCUAUGCCUCAGGUAAAACACUAGUUUCAGCUUAAUGCAAUAGCAUUUAAUGCUAAGGGCUGGUUAUUGACAGCAUGGUGAGGGGUUAUCCUUGCAGCCAGCUUUAGUUUAAGGUACUGAGGAUGUAGCAACUGCCUACACAAGGUGAAAAACUGAUUAAUCCCUGUACCGGUAACUCUGUCAUUGUCUUGUUUUCACCUUCCUUUAUAAAAGCAGAGCUGACUCUCACCUGUUAGAAAACAGCCUGCUGCUUGUCUCCUCUCCUCUAUUUUACAAGCAUCUUAAACUUGUCCACGUUGAAGGUUGGUUAUUCAACUCUGUCCUUUGUGAGCAGGGUGCAAGAUUGGAAAGGUUAAGAAGCACUUUGAAGCAUGCAUCAGUGGCUGAGGUCCUACCAGCCAUAUUAGAAGAGGUAGUAAAAAUUGCUCAAAGGGUUAUUUUUUAAAUAAAGAAUUAAAGUACCCAGUGUUAUUGCUGCUACAGACACUUGAUGCCUCUGGGCAAGUGAAAGUGUGUGGGCACUGACAGACUCAUCUCAAGCACAACUACGAGGCUUUGGGACAAGUUGUGUGUGUUACUAAACUUAAUGCAUUCUCCCUUCUAAGUAGCACAAGGGUAAGGGUGCUUGCUUUCUUCUGACAAGCAGAGUUGUAUUCUUGCCAGAGGAAUGAAAUAAUUGGCCUUGUCCUAGACCAGAUGCAUCUUGUUGCACAUUCAUGUGAUCAAGGCUUUGGGAUUCUUGGCCCUUUUAUUGUCACACAGCUACUGCAGACACACAUGCUUUAUGCUGGAUGCAAUAGACAACAGCAGGAAGGGAUACAGCCUCCCCCUGCCCAUUUGUCAGAGCUCUUUGUUAAGAUGUAGGCUUCAAGGGAUGUGAACAUUUCCACCAGUGGGCAAGGACUUGGUGUAGUAAAUACUCAGGAGCUGACUUUCCCAGGGCCAAGGAAAAGCAGCUGCCUAUAAAUAAGUACUGGACUUUGCUUUUCUAGAAAGCAGAAAUGCCACUUUCACUGCUCAAUAGUAACCAACAGUAGAUUUAAGUUCUGCAUCAUUCCCUCACAGCUUGUCAGAAGAAAACAUGCACCCUCUUUUCAGGAGCAGUGGAAAAAACCUGACUUCAGGCACCCAGUGUAAAGACUAUUGCAUCACAACUCCGUGUAAUCAAAUCAAUGCUUCAGUCAUAUCAUCAUAACAAACACUGUUGUUCCACAAUUCAUGCAGCAGCUGGGGUAAUACCAGCCUUGAAAUAAAGUGCAACUAUUCAUGUGUG